AUGCCAACGCGCCAAUUGCAAGUCGGCAUUGUCGGCGCCGGCAUCGCUGGCCUUGCAGCUGCCAUCGCUCUCUCCCGAUCCGGCCACGCUGUCGAGCUGUACGAGAAAUCCAGAUUUCGCAAUGAAACCGGUGCAGCCAUCAUCAUCGGGCCCAAUGGCACCAGGAUCCUGUCCAAGUGGGGAUUCGACUUCAUCAAGGCAGGCGCCCUGGACUACAGCCAGAUGCGUCGGAUCAAGGCCGACACCAUCGAGGUCGACUCGGAGGAGUUCUUCACUGACAUCAAGGAACAGUACGGUGACAGGUGGCUGCUCUUCCAUCGUGCCGAUCUCCAUGCGGGAUUGAAGGAGUUGGUCGAGGCUUGCCAGCAUCCUCGACCACACAUCAACCUGGGCAUCCAAGUUGUCGACGUCGACGUCGAGACCGGUGUUCUCAAGCUUGCCACGGGCGAGGAAGUCCAGAAGGAUCUCGUCAUCAUCGCCGACGGCGCCCACAGCGAACUCAUCGCCAAGGUCAUCGGGCGACCUUACCCCGUGAGCAAGUCACCCAUGUCCAUGUACCGGUUUUUGCAGCCCUUUGACAAGGUCCUCGAGCACCCCGAGGCAGGACAGUUCUACGAGAACCAACCGCCCGGGUUCGCGACCUUUUACAAGACAGAGGUUGGCCGACCGGGCCUGCUCCUCAACACCUAUCCCUGUCGUGGCGGAGAGCUGUUGUACGUGGCCCUCGUGCAUCCGACCAAACCCAAGGAGAAGGGUAUUGAGGGCUGGGACUCGCCCGCCGAGCUUGCCGACGUGCUUGCCGACGCCAAGGGGUUCCAUCCUGCCGUGCAGGCUGUGUGCGAGGGCGCCACCGAGAUCAAAGUGUACACCCAGAUGUGGCGCGACCCGAUUGAGAAUUUCUCGCGAGGCAGGGCCGUCCUGAUCGGCGACGCCGGUCACUUGAUGCUCCCCACGCACGGCCAAGGCGCGUCCAUGGCCCUGGAAGACGCCUUGGCGCUACAAUUUCUCUUCAGAGACGUCGAUGAUUCUCCGGAUACGGUGCGCGCUCGGCUCCAGCUAUUCGACAAGCUCCGCCUCCCCCGCGUCAGCGCCGUGCAGACCAUGUCCAACAAGAUGAUGGGCCCGCCGGACAAGAUGAUCGCAGAGGUCAAGAGGUACUAUGCUGGUGACAUUCCCGGUCCUAAAGCCAAGACCUUCUCCAAGGAAUACAACGACUUUUUCUUCCUGUAUGACAUCGAGCACGAAGCGGAGAAAUUGCUGCAAUGA